AUGUGGUGUACGCGCUUGUGCCGGGAGGAGGGGCUGUUUCGCUUCCUCCGUAAUCUCUUUGAGGUGCUGGACUUCGUCACAGAGCGCUGUCGUCGCUGCCUUGACACGUCUUCGUGUCUCCUCCUUCUCUGCGCCUCACCUCUUUCGUCUUGCUCGAUCGGCGGCCCCCACACGCGAGGCUGCUUCAACGAAAUACUUCAUAGACUCUCUCGCGGCGCACAGCAGCCGGCUCAUCGGCGUCAGAGCGCCACUAGCUCACACCCACGUACACCUUGGCGACUGCAUAGAUUCAACGACGAGCGCGUGUGUGUGUGGGGAGGAAAUCCACCACCACAGAGCACAACCGGGCGUCACCGUUCAUUGUGUACCCCCUUUUCUCUCUCUCACACACCGUCCACCGCGUGGGCACCUCUCCUACCCGCCGAUAAACACCACAUGCAGGCCUCACCAGUGCUCGCCGGCGCGGCGGUGCGCCGAACGGCGACGGCCUCCGUCGGCAGCGAACCUCGCACCAACUUACCCUUUCUCAUCAACGUUGUCAAGAAGGCGCAGAAGUCUGCCAACACGGUGGUUGCGUCGACGCCGGCACUCUCCUCAAUGUCGUCGACGAAGGAGCCGCCUAUCCAAGCCGCCGCCUUCAAGCCAUACCCGCUUCUGAGCCCCGGCGAGGUCAAGCAGGCCGCCGGCAGCUCCCUCCUCUACAAGGAUGACGUCUGCGUGCUUGUGAACGAUGCAUUCCCCAAAUCGAUGGUUCACUGCCUGGUCAUGCCACUGGACCUCCGCCUACAGUCCCUCAACGCCCUCACCAAGAAGGACGCUCCACUGCUGCGCCACAUGCUGCACGUGGGGGAUGAAUACGUUCGCUACUUGAAGACGGCGGUUCCCCACACCUACACGGCGCGCCGGUUUAUUGCGGGAUUCCACGCCCUUCCCUCGCUGCCCAUGCUGCACAUGCACGUGCUGUCUACGGAUCUGGACAGUCCUUGUCUCAAGAACAAGAAGCACUACAACAGCUUCGCCACUUUCUUCUUCCUCACGGGCGACCGCGUCUUGGACGACCUGGAGCGGCACGGCCGCGUGACGCUGAACCAGGACGUCACCCGCCUUCGACAGAUGGAAGAGCAGGACAUGAAGUGCCUGUGGUGCGGCACCGCACUGCCAAGCGUGCCCGCUAUGAAGUCUCACAUCCAGUGCUGUCCGCAGAACAAAGCCGUGGAGAAAUCGUCGUAG